UAUCAUGUUCAUUAGCCUUUCCCUGAUACUAUUAAAGUCCACAUUCUGUCUGAUGUAAAACCAAAAGAAGAAGAAGAUGUAAAGCGACCGCUCCUCCUUCAGUAAUUAACAUAUUUUCAUUCAGGCACCACGCUGGCCAUCUGUGCGGCGUUGAAGGACCUCAAGGCCUCGGCCCAAUCGCUAUUCCUCGGGAUCGUUUCCUAUUCAACACACUCUAGGAUUUCGGGUACCGGUGGUCCAGGAGCCGUGACCGAGGGGAUUGCACCGAGCUGAGCUCCGAAAGACAGCUGUCACACUCCGAAUUGGGAAUAAGUGUAAACAAGAGAACAGAGAGAGUAGCGCCGCGUUUAGCGCGCUUUCCAUCUCAUCCACGGAUCUCCUCGAGCAUCACAAAGCGGGCUUUUCUGCUAUGGAGGCCAGGAGGGAAGAGAACCCCGGCGGCAGGCCCCAGGAUUCUCGACCAUAAGGGUUAAAGCUAACAUUGUUAGCCGAGGCUUCCUGCACUCGGUCGGAUACAUUUCCACUCGUUUUAUACGCGGAUCUCCGUUACACCCCUUUGUGCUUCCGUACGCGCACACUUUUCGAUUUACGUUAGUUUAAACCCACUUUUUGUUCGGGCAAACACCUACCAACCAUUUCAUCCCUGGUCGACUUCGGGAAAGUUUAUUUUCCGUUACUCCAUCGUCAAAGCACGCGCAGCAUUCUUGAACGCCGCCCGAUCUUAUAUUUCACAGAUCACAAGCUCCACCACUUCAUUUAAACUCCGUAUUUGACUUCCUCUUUGUGCACGUUUCAGUUGUUUCGUGUUGUUCUCGCUACUUUGACAGUCGUUCAGCCACUGUUAUUGUUUCGCUGCAACCUGAGGGCUACACACAAAGCGUCCCGAUGGAUGAAAAUGACGACAUGGACCAUUUUUACCAGAAAGUUUUGCAGAAGGACGUGACCCGACGGCUGCAGGUCGGCCCGGAUCUGAUCGAGUACCUGAGAGACCCGCAGAGGUCCUGUGAUGUGGAGCAGGAUAAAUCCCGCCUGGAUAAAACGAUAGACGAGUUGACGGGAUGGGUGAAUUCAAGCAAUUACAAGGUUGCCUUGCUUGGGAUCGAUAUCGUCAGCGCGUUCGUGGAUCGGAUGACUGAUCGUUUCAGAGGUAACAUUGUCACAGUGGUGCCUGCGUUGUUGGACCGUCUCGGUGACGCAAAGGAUCAGGUUCGAGAACAGGCGCAAGCGCUCAUUCUGAAGCUGAUGGAACAGACAGCAACGCCCAUGUAUGUUUGGGAGAGGCUGUUCACUGGAUUUAAACAUAAGAACUUCAGAAGCAGAGAGGGACUCUGCAUGUGCUUGGUUGCUACACUAAAUGCUUACGGUGCUCAGCCUUUGAGUUUGAGUAAAUUUGUUCCACAUCUCUGUUCACUAACAGGAGACCAAAACCCCCAGGUGAGGGAGGCAGCUAUAUCGACCCUGGUGGAAGUAUAUCGGCAUGUGGGGGAAAAAGUAAGAGCAGACCUCAACAAAAGAGAUCUACCAUCUGCACGGUUACAGUCUAUUCUGAGCCGUUUUGAUGAAGUGCUGAACUCUGGGAACAUGGCCCUCAGCCUGAGUCAAGAUCGUAGUUUUGACGAUGACGACUCAGUGGAUGGAAGCAGGCCGUCAUCGGCUCAGGCUGCGUUUAAAGUACCCAAAGUACCCAAGAAACCUGCAGAAUCUUCCAGCAGCGCUAGAAGACCCAGUGCCACUGGAGCUACUAAGACAGGUGUCUCUAAAGAAGGGGCGGUGGGAGCUGUGGAUGAAGAAGAUUUUAUUAAAGCAUUUACAGAUGUACCCAAUGUUCAGAUCUACUCAUCACGGGACCUUGAGGAUAAUCUGAAUAAGAUUCGGGAGGUUCUAUCUGAUGAUAAACACGAUUGGGACCACAGAGUAAUCGCGCUGAAGAAAUUCCGGUCGCUGCUGGUUGCCGGGGCAACAGACUACGACUGUUUCUACCAGCACCUGCGUCUGCUGGACGGCGCGUUCAAGCUGUCUGCGAAAGACCUGCGUUCACAGGUGGUGAGGGAGGCGUGCAUCACAGUGGCGUACCUAUCUACAAUAUUGGGGAAUAAGUUUGAUCAUGGAGCAGAAGGGAUUGUUCCAGUGCUCUUCAAUCUCAUCCCUAACUGUGCCAAAGUGAUGGCCUCAUCCGGCACGGCGGCAAUACACAUUAUUAUACGGCACACUCACGUCCCACGGCUGAUUCCUCUCAUCACUGGGAACUGCACGUCCAAGUCUGUGGCUGUCAGAAGGCGCUGUUAUGAGUUCUUGGAUCUACUGCUGCAGGAAUGGCAGACUCACUCUUUGGAGAGGCACGCAGCGGUGCUGGUGGAAAGCAUUAAGAAGGGAAUCAAAGAUGCGGACUCAGAGGCUCGAGUCGAGGCCAGGAAGACAUACUGGGGGUUGCGGGCUCAUUUCCCCGCGAUGGCGGACUCUCUGUAUAACUCAUUAGAACCGUCCUAUCAGAAGACGCUUCAGUCACAUCUGAAGAGCUCGGGCAGCGUAGCGUCUCUCCCGCAGUCCGAUCGCUCAUCCUCCAGCUCGCAAGAAAGCCUUAAUCGGCCGCUGUCAAAGUGGUCAGCUGCACCAGGCAGAGUACCAGCAAACUCAAAGUCAUCUGGAUCUCCAGGCUCUUUGCAGCGCUCCCGAAGCGAUGUGGAUGUAAACGCGGCUGCAGGUGCUAAAGCUAGACUUAGCGGACAGGCCGGAGGGGCGGGGCGAGUUACAACAGGCCUGGCCCCCGGAUCGUAUGCAUCUCUCGAUGAUGCCUCUGAUAAGGAUGGACGGUUACGGACUAAGCAGACUUUAUCUACAGCGUCUAGCAAGAGUAGCAGUCAAGUCGACUCGAGAGGGCGGACCCGAUCAAAGAUGGCAUCCCAGUCACAACGUUCCGACGAUUCCGAUUGCACGCCAGGAUCACAGUCUGCUACCCCUGUUGGUGCUGGUUCUCGCUCUGGUUCUCCAGGCCGCGUGCUGACCAGCACAGCUCUGAGCACACUCAGUACAGGUGCGCAGCGUGUCAGCGCAGCUCCGGGCUCUCACCGUCGCAGCCGGAUCCCACGCAGUCAAGGCUGCAGUCGAGACUCUAGCCCCACACGGCUAUCUGUUGCUCCAUCAAACAUCAGCCACAUCUAUAAUGGAGCGAAAGGAGCGAGGGGUAGUCGUAUUCCACGUCCUAGCGUGAGUCAGGGCUGCAGUCGCGAGGCCAGUCGAGAGAGCAGCAGAGACACCAGCCCUGUGCGCUCCUUCACGCCACUGGCAUCCCGGCAUUACUCGCGUUCAACUGGUGCUCUUCAUGCCCCAGAUGCCUUCGGGGCAGCAGGUUCUGGGUUGGGUAUGUCUCAGUCCAGUCGUCUCUCAUCCUCAGUUAGUGCCAUGAGAGUGUUGAACACAGGAUCAGAUGUGGAAGAAGCUCUGGCAGAUGCUCUGCUAUUAGGAGAUAUGCGGGGCAAGCAGAAAAAACCUGCCCGGCGGAGAUACGACACCUAUGGGAUGUACUCGGACGAUGAUGCAAAUAGCGAUGCAUCGAGUGCUUGCUCUGAACGGUCUUACAGCUCCCGGAACGGCAGUAUUCCAACAUAUAUGCGGCAGACUGAGGAUGUAGCCGAAGUGCUCAAUCGCUGUGCCUCCGCCAAUUGGUCUGAGAGGAAAGAAGGUCUGAUGGGAUUGCAGGCGUUGCUGAAGAACCAGCGCACUCUGAGCCGAGUUGAGCUGAAAAGGUUGUGUGAAAUUUUCACCAGGAUGUUUGCUGACCCGCACAGCAAGCGUGAUUCCAGAGGCUUCGGCACGGCAGAAUCCAGUAUCAGUUCUGCCUCCUUUAAGGUGUUUAGCAUGUUUUUGGAGACACUGGUGGACUUCAUUGCGGUUCAUAAAGAGGAUCUCCAGGACUGGCUCUUUGUGUUACUCACUCAACUGCUGAAGAAAAUGGGGGCAGACCUGCUCGGCUCAGUACAAGCCAAAGUACAGAAAGCCCUAGAUGUCUCAAGAGAAUCUUUCCCUAAUGAUCUACAGUUUACCAUCCUUAUGAGAUUCACAGUUGACCAAACACAAACACCCAACUUGAAGGUGAAGGUGGCCAUUUUGAAGUACAUAGAAACACUGACACUACAGAUGGAGCCACAAGAUUUUGUCAACUCCAGUGAAACCAGAUUGGCGGUGUCACGUAUCAUUACAUGGACCACUGAGCCAAAGAGCUCUGAUGUCAGAAAGGCAGCACAGUCUGUGUUGAUUUCACUGUUCCAGUUAAACACACCAGAGUUCACAAUGCUGCUAGCAGCAUUACCUAAAACCUUUCAGGACGGAGCCACCAAAUUAUUACAGAACCACCUGCGAAACACCGGCAACACAGCCCAGGCUCAGAUUGGAAGCCCUCUCACCCGACACACCCCUAGAUCACCAGCCAGCUGGUCAAGCCCCUUAACCUCCCCUACCAACACAUCACAAAACACACCUUCACCAAGUGCAUUUGAUUACGAUACAGAGAACAUGAACUCUGAAGAGAUCUACAGCUCUCUGAGAGGAGUCAGUCAGGCCAUCCAAAACUUCAGCGUCCGCAGCCAAGAGGACAUGACAGAGCCACCACGAAAAAGAGAUGGAGACGGUGGAGAAGAGGGAGGUGUUGAAACUACAGACACUGGUAGGACGGCACUGGAUAACAAAACCUCUCUGUUAAAUACGAUGCCACUGCUCUCCUCUAGUCCCCGCCCAACAAGAGAUUACCAGCCAGUCAGCUACUCUGACUCUUUUAGCUCCUCCCCUUUUAAUAAGAGCCUGAAAGAAGCUGACCAAGAUUCAGAAUCGCUCACAGAUGACAGUGGUGUGGACCAGUCUGAGAUGGUGGCUGAGCUUCUGAAGGAGCUCUCAAACCACAGCGAGCGAGUGGAGGAGAGGAAAGCGGCGCUUUGUGAGCUAAUGCGUCUGAUCAGAGAAACACAACUGCAUGUUUGGGACGAGCACUUCAAAACCAUCCUCCUUUUGCUCCUGGAAACCCUCGGGGACAGCGAGCAUGUCAUCCGGGCAUUAGCACUGCGGGUGUUGAAGGAGAUCCUUAGCAGACAGCCAUGGCGCUUUAAAAAUUAUGCCGAACUCACCAUUAUGAAGACCCUGGAAGCACAUAAAGACCCUCACAAAGAGGUGGUCCGGGCUGCAGAAGAGUCGGCAUCUAUGUUGGCCAAUUCAAUAAGUCCCGAUCAGUGCAUCAAGGUGUUGUGCCCCAUCAUCCAAUCGGCCGACUACCCAAUUAACCUGGCUGCCAUCAAGAUGCUAACCAAAGUCAUCGACCGGCUGCCCAAAGAUGGUCUACAUCAAAUGCUUCCUGAAGUAGUCCCUGGACUCUUACAGGGUUAUGAUAACUCUGAGAGCAGUGUACGAAAAGCAUGCGUAUUUUGCCUUGUGGCCAUCUAUUCCGUCAUUGGAGAGGAUUUGAAGCCUCACCUUAGCCAGCUGUCUGGCAGCAAGCUAAAACUGUUGAACUUGUACAUAAAGCGAGCUCAGAGCGGCUCUGGUGGAAGCGACCAGUCUACAGAUGUGGGAGAGCAGGGCAUGUAGCUCUGCAAUCUUCAUUCAGAACUAUAGCACUCUCUUAGUGCAGAGGGACCCUAGCUGGCUUUUUAACUCGCAUGCGCACACAAACAAACACCUACACAGCUUACCGACAAAUACAAAAAGCUGCAUACAUCGACACCACUGGACACCCUCCUCUGGCACCACAGAACCUUCCAGUGAGACACGCUGUGAGAAGCGCCAUUGGACUAAACCUCUUCCUCCAAACUGAUCAUCAUCAUUCAUGUCAGAGAGAGAGAGACCACGGUGUGUGGUGGUCUGCUUAUGUCAAAACAAUUGUUUUGUUGCCUUGUAAAUGACUGAAACGUGUGUGAGUGUGUGUGUGUCUGAUGCAUUGGGAGAAGGUUGUGGUAUUUAAUAUAUGUAAAAUCCAGCACAGAGAAGUCCGGUGGAAGAGGGGGGGGUGUUGUUUGUGUCGUUGUGCAACACGGAGUUCAUUACUUUUUAUCAAAAAAGGUCAAACUUUUAAGAUGAAGUUAAGAACUCUGAACAACAUGUUAUUAACGUUCCUAAUUGCUCACUAUUAAUUAUUAACGGUCAUAUCAGUUCAGGUCGAGCUUGCUUUAUUAUAAGGCAUACUUUGCUUGGCUAUGUGCAUGUCAUGAAUAGAAUCUGAACUUUCUGGUUGCGGUCAUGGCUUAAUGGGCCAUGCGUCACCCGGCGGGGCCAGAUGUGAUGCCACACCACAGGCGAUAUGUAUUUAUAUAACAUUCAGGAUGAUCUUGUGAUGUUCUGAGGGCGCGUGAAUUAUUUUAAGUAGCAUAUAGUGUCAUUCUUCUCUGAUGGGAUAUUUGUAGAAAUGUAUUUACGCGUUUAAAUGCUGCAAUUGUCUUGUCACUUAUUUCCUGUAGUGUCAGCCUUUAUCACCUGUGAGGAAGCUUCAUCUCUCUCUCUCUCUCUCUCUCUCUCUCUCUCUAUCUCUCUCCCCGCUGCAUUUCUAGAACCGUGCUAACGACAAAAUUAAAAUAAAGAAAAUGUACAGUAA